AUGAAGUCCAAUAACGAAGACACGGUGUCUCCGGAAAUCGUCCCGGAGGCCCAGGUCAAUCGAGAACACAACGAUAAAGAGGCCGACAUCGUCGACGAGAAGCCGUUUCGCGAGGAAAUCGAUCCCAAUACUGGCGGCUUGGCUGGUGUCGAGAAGAUCGAGGCACUAGCUCAGACCUGGACCAAGACAUGGCUUAUUGCUGCUUAUAUCUUGAUUUGGGUUGUGUUCUUCAUCGACUCCCUCCAGCAGCAGAUUUCGAGCUCGCUCCUAGCUUAUGUGGUUAGUGAUUUUGGCCUGCACGGGCUAAUGGCGGCGACGGGUAUCAUCUCGAAUAUCGUCGGUGGCGUUAGCAAGUUACCUCUUGCUCGCAUCCUCGAUGUUAUCGGCCGCACUGCGGGCCUCUGCAUCAUGCUAUCCUUCGUCGUUGUUUCGUUAAUCCUGAUGGCUGUCUGCCAGAACGUUGAAACCUACGCUGCUGCACAAACCUUUUUUUGGACUGGUAUGAAUGGCAUUGGCUAUGUUCUCAAUGUUUUCAUGGCCGACACAUCCACUCUCAAGAAUCGUAUGAUUCUGUUUGGUUUUACCUCAACGCCUUACAUCUCAAACACCUUCGCCGGGCCUGCCGCUGCCCAGUCAUUUCUCGAUACAAGCACUUGGAGAUGGGGAUACGGCGCGUUCACGAUAAUCAUCCCGGCCGUUGUCGCACCCUUGAUCAUCAUUUUCACUGUGCAAAUGAGACGAGCCGUCAAGCAAGGACUUUAUGUCAAGAAAAGGGAGAAUCGAACCUUUUUGGACUCUGUCAAGUACUGGAUUAUUGAGCUUGAUGUUGCAGGCAUGUUGCUCGUCGUCGCUGGAUUUUCACUGCUGUUGCUUCCUUUUAGUAUGGCAGGAUAUCAAGCUCACCAGUGGCGCGAGCCGAGAAUCAUCGCCAUGAUCGUUCUGGGCGGCAUCUUCUUAGUCGCUUUCCCCUUUUACGAGAAGCACAUUGCGCUGAAGUCCUUUGUACCCUUUGAGCUCUUCAAGAACAAAACUGUUCUAGUCGCCUGUCUGCUAGGAGGAAACAUGUGGAUCAGCUUUUACUGUUACAAGGUUCAGUUCUUGUCGUAUCUACAAGUCGUCUACAACCUCAGCGUCUCUCGAGCUGGCUUCAUCGGCAACAUCUACAACAUCGUUUCCUGUGCAUGGGCCAUUCCUGUUGGACUCCUCAUGCGUUUCACCAAUCGUUACAAGUGGCUCGGUUUGGCCGCAGUCCCCCUUCAACUGCUUUCGACUGGCCUCAUGAUAAAAUUCCGCAUGCCCGAUACUAGCGUCGGCCUUGUCAUAAUGUGCGAAGUCCUUGGUGCUUUGGCAGGAGGCACCAUUGUCAUGGUCGAGCAGAUCGCUGUCAUGUCCUCUGUUCCCCAUCGUGACGUUGCCAUCGGCCUUGCACUUCUUUCCAUGGUUACCAGCGUCGGUGGCGCCAUUGGGUCGUCCAUUAGCGGAGCUAUCUGGACUAACUUGAUGCCCUCCAAGUUGGAGAAGUAUCUUCCGAACGAGCUGAAGGGCGAAGCUCUCCUCAUUUAUGGGGAUCUGACGAGACAGCUAUCAUACGAAUGGGGGACUCCUGAGAGAGAUGCAAUCGUGCUUGCCUAUGGCGAAACGCAGAAGAUCAUGAUUAUUGCGUCGUUGGUAGCAUUGGCGGGCCCUAUCCUUUGGGUUUCCUUGAUGAAAAACCACAGAUUAAGCGAGAAGUCACAGACGAAGGGUGUUCUCUUCUGA